AUGGACAAUGGCGAUGAAGAUCUUGAAGGCUUGGACUUUGACAGUGACAAUGACAAUGACAAUGCCAAGGUCAACAUCAACACAAACAUCACCAACACCAACAUAAACACAAAUGGCAGUAACAAUACGAAUGUUCAUGUACCAGUGGCCAAAGCUUUGGCUCCCAAGGAGAACCCUUUACAGAUACGACAACAACAACAACAGCCAAUACAUAAUGUCACAACUUCUGCCUCAACUACACCAACAUCAACAACAACUUCAACGAUCAAAGCACCAAACAACAAUGUUGAUACAACGAUGCAUCAACAACAACGACCUGCCGCUGCUGCUGCACCCAUCAAUGUACAUAAACAGCAACAGCAGCAACAACAACAACAACAACAGACAGCGAAGAACUUUGAUAUAUCAAUGACAGAGUCACAAUCGACACAGUAUACAAGUGAUCUGAUACAGAAGGGGAACUUUCAGAACAUACUACAGAGUAGACAUCAGCACUUUGUACAGUCACAUUCAAAGCCUGCACCAACGACUACAUCUACGACGACUACGACGACCAGUGCUGCUGGACAGUCCACACAUAACAACAACAAUGAUGAUCAUCAAUUUAUCAAACCAAAGCAGCCGACACAUUCGACAUCAGCAGCGCCUCAACAACAACAACGGCAAACACUUUACAAGAAUGAUGAACAACAACCUUUAAACGCAUCGACCAAGCGUAUUAAGAACGAUCAAUCGGCACACAUCAGUGUCAACCCAAACGUCAAUCACAAUGUGAAUGCGAACAACAACAACAACAACAUCAACAAUAAUCAACCUGUAGAUAUCAACAACAAUACACCAACACGUAGAUUCCCUGGACCAGCGGGAUCACUGCCUCCUUUGAAACAGGGCCAGACCAUCCCCUCUGUCGGGGCCAACAAACAGCAACAACCAAUCAUCAAGAACACAGUGUUCAUGAAGGCCACAAUCCAAGAUUCAUUCACCUAUGACAUGUUCCCCGUCGACUAUUCCAAAGGACCCUGGGUCCUAAUGCUCAAGAACAGGGGUCUUCCUCCAUUCGAGAACCCUAACAACAACCCGUUGCUCAAGUAUAACAUUGAUUAUGUACUGCGAGAGGGCUAUCAAAAGAAGGUGCCACAGCUUGUGGUGAUGAUAAAGUCAUUGGUGGCCUCAGAGGGCGACUAUCAAACUGUGAUCAGUGAUCCCUCUGGCGAGAUGAAGGGCAUCAUUCAGAAGAAGAUCGUUGGCGACUAUUAUCCCGAGUUGGCAAACGGUUGGAUUCUUGUACUUCGCAAGACGUCCGUAUUCAGCCCAUCACCAACGUCACAUUACAUCAACAUUGUCAUCUCAAACAUCGACUUUGUCUACUCGCCCAACGAUCCAGGAGUUGAAGAGGCAACACAAGAGUUUGAGAUGUUACAAAAGGACAACCCUGUUGAGUACAAUCCCAAAUCAAUAUAUCAAGACAUACCAAUCAAGACACAAGAACAAAUAGAGAAGGAACUGAUUGAAAAGAAAAUGGCUAAGAAGCUACACGCUGAUAAUCUUGGUCUGAAUCCUCCGCCACCGCCACCAAACAAGAAAACAAGCAAAUAUAACAAGUCUAAACCAAGCUACGCAAAGAAACAAUAUAAGAGGACGAAUGAUGAUGAGCAUGGUGAUGAAUAUAAAGCUCCAUCAGCUUUAGUACAAACAAAGGCUGGCCAACCAGCUAACAAGACAAUAGCGACUCCAACAAAACAACCGACUCCCCAAAGCAAGACAACAACAACCCCGACGACGACGACUACAAAGACAUUGGUUCCCGCACCCGCCAAACCUCAAUCACUGACACCAUCACUGGCCACUGCUGCUCCUACAUUAAUGGCAUCUCCAUCAAAGACAUUGUCAUUGUCACAACAACCACAAUCCUCAUCGCAAUCACUGAACUUGCCGACAAGUUUAAAGACGACUAUGAAUGCGAAUUCGAAUGCCAAUGCGAAUAUCACGACACGCAAGGACAACAAUAUACCAGCCAUAAUGGAUCAUUACAGCGACGACUUUGAAGAAGACAUAACAGCAUCGGCGGGUGGAAGAGCCUUGGCCGCGGCAACACUCACUGUCAAACCUACAUUGAAUCCAUCUGCUGUUACACUGGCCAAUCCCAAUCCAAAUCUCAAUGCUUCCACUCUUACACCAAUCAAGUCAUUGACCCCGCCCAGCAGCCAAGGUGCCAAGCUGACUACACCCUUGCGAUUAAACCCAACGAACACUCCUCUCACAUUGAACAAGCCACUCUCUCUUCAUACUCCCUCACUGGCGUCCACAACCACGACCACUACCACUCCACAUCGAAGCCAUUCUCCACCAAAUUACUUUGCAACAACGACUACUCCUCUGCCUCCUGUUGUUGUUGCACCCAUCCCCAAGACAGCAGCAGCUACAUUAACAGCGACAAAGACACCAGUCCCAGUAAUGAGCAAUAAUGCGAAUGAUGAAGAAUUCAGCUUUGAUGACGUUGAUGUGCCCGAGCCGCCCACUGCCAAUACCUCCAAAGUGGUAGCAUCAGCGCCAAUUGCUACCAAGUCCAAUCUUCCAUCUAGCAAGACGUUGCCAAUAUACAAGCAUGACUUUACAGGCAAAUCGAACCAGAUUGCGCAGUCAUCCGCAGCAUCGACGCCAUCAAAGACCAGUAUCAUCAAGAACAAAGGCUUGCAUUGA